UUUUUUUUAAAUAUAAAUUAAAAUCUGCAGAGAUUUUUCAUUUUUUUAUUAUCUGAUCAUUUCCAUUCCUAUUUUUUGUUUGGGAUCGUGAAACUCAAAAGAUCGGAUCGAGGCGCUGCGACUCUCGAGCCCUAGACCAGAGGGCGUUAUUCUUUAUCUCUCUCUCUCUCUCUCUCUCUCUCUCUCUCUCUCUCUCGCUCGCUAUCUGAGGUGUUCUUUUAUGGACUUUCAAGACGCCGAGAGAGAGAGACCGUGAUCUCGAUCAAUUGUUUUUUCUUCAAACGAAAUCGAAGGUUGCAAAGGAAGCUUCCCUGAAUUCUUCAUGCAUUGAUCUCCGUGUUUCCCCAUUUCAAUGAUUGGAAAGAGAAGAAAAUGUCAUCAGCCAACACACCCUGCGCUGCGUGCAAGUUACAGAGACGAAAAUGCACACAAGAGUGCGUAUUUGCACCCUAUUUCCCACCAGAUCAGCCUCAGAAGUUCGCUUAUGUACAUAAGGUUUUUGGAGCAAGCAAUGUGGCUAAGAUUCUCAACGAGCUCAACGCAUCACAGCGAGAAGAUGCCGUUAAUUCUCUCUUCUACGAGGCCGAGGCUCGUCUCCGGGAUCCCGUCUACGGCUGUGUGGGUCUCAUCUCGAUCCUUCAACACAGGCUUAAGCAGGUGCAGACUGAUCUGUUAAACGCCAAGAAAGAGUUAGCGACUUAUAUCGGCCCACAGGCUAUGCUUCCCAUGCUUCAAGGCCCAACGUUUGUAGCGCAACAACCUCUUGGCAUGGGCAACUCGCCUUCUUCUUCAAUGCUCCAUCAUAAUAUGAUGCCCAUGAUGGGUAUCCCUGCAGUGCCUUCACAUGGUGGUGGGCAGCUGGUCAUACGCGAGCCACAGCAGCAACAGCAACAGCAACAGCAACAUCAUUCCCAGCAAAUAUUUGAAGCUCAACCCUUGGGUGCGGUUACGGCUGUGAGAGAGCAGCACCAUCAUAACAUGUUCAGGGUUUAUGAUCAACAACAGCAACACCAGCCGCCACAACAGCCAGAACUUGUGAGGUUUAACAGUGGGUUUGAGGCGUCUGCCGGUUCGGUCACUGCUACAGGAUUCAGCCAGAUGAAUUCUUCUGGCAUGUCAGCGUCUUUGGCUGUGGGAAAUUUUGAUACCCAUUAUCAGAUUCAAGGACAACCAGAAACCCACCACCACCAGAUUCAGGCGCAGCUUCUGCUUCAGCCACAACAGCCUCAACCUCAGCCACACCCACAUCCACAACCACAAGCAGCGCAACAGCGGCGACAUCAACAGCCGCAGCAGCAGCAGAGGCCAGAAAGCGAGGAGGGCCGGAGUGUUGAUCCAUCAUGUUAAAGCUUUCAAUUAUAAAUUUUGUUUUGUCUCCUCGCUUUCAUUAAUUGAAGAAGUAUUUCUAGCUAGCAUUUGGAGCCAUACAGGCGAACACAGAGAGAGUGAGAGUUAAUGUGGAUAGGUUUUGGAGAGAUUGACAUCUGAGAUACAAAGUCAGCAUUAGUUUUUUGGGUUUUGGUGAAGGCUGUAUUGGGUGACAAGAG